CUGGGUUUUCCACGGGGAGCCCGGUACCUCAAACACAACGCGUUACACCUGUCAAAAGUGCGCUUCAAUCAGAGGAUACGAGAGUGUUCCUGUCGGAGGGCCUGCAGGGCCGCGAGGCCUCGAGUCCUCGGGGAAGCCGCGGUAGACGAGUUCAAGAGCCGGACGUGGUCCACGUUACGAGGAGGCGUCAGCGAGACGGCAUUGCUUUUCGGCGAGGUACCGAAAAACAUGGCGAGCCUCGAUGACUAGACGUUGUACGCGUGUAAAAACUGUACGCGCGACCCAUGAGAGUCAUUAUUAUCUCUGAUUCAUCGUCCUUGCGAUGAAUCCAAGUCUAAAAGGAUUUCGUCGAUGAAGUGUCCGUUAAUCGAUGUUUGAUCAAGAAGGUUCGAUCAAGUUUAACCUUUGAUAAGGAGCCCAGGUUUGAAUAAAGAGGACAUACCUUUGUCCUUACAAGUGUGUUUUUCAAAGAGAUAGCCUCUAAGAGGAAAAAUAUAAUAACGUUAAUUAUACGAGAGACGUUCCAUUAAUUCGCUCCGAGGGAAAGUUUACUUACUUCUAUAGUUAUUACACGAGUGUUUUACGUGUUCAUCUCUAUCAAAAAGAAUUAGAAUACAAGUGUUGGGUACCUGAUCAUGUAUCAGCAUGUAUAGUUUCGAGGGAGAUUACAGGCGCAAGCCGCAACAGAAUCUGGCAGGUGCUAGCAGACGAGAUGAAAGAACCGUCCUCUUGCAACAUGCACAGUUGGAGAGAUUGAAGAGAGAGCAGCAGCGCAAGAAGCAUGAUGCGGCAUUAAAAAUACAGGCGCACGCGCGUAGCUUUGUCAUCAGGAGAUUGACAUGUGCGCAAAAGAGGAAGGAGUUUGAUGAGGCACAACAGAUGGCAGGACGUAGGAAUUUGAGUCUGGACGAGUUAGUGCCCUAUUUGAGAAAACUAUUGUUCUUUUAUAAUCAUAUUUUGGAUGCCAAUAGACUGAUAUGGGUUCUUCAGCAUUUUCUUAAACAUCAGAGAGAUAUAAAAUUGAAAUCUAUAAGUUCAGCGCAAUGGUUGUGGAGAUUGCGAUGGAUUCUUCGCAUGUGUAUGCGAUACAACACAGAAACGUUACCAGAUGGAGCAUAUUCCUUGGCAAUACCGUUACGUGUCCUGGAGGUAUUUACCACACGAGAGGACACGGAGAAAGUCUUACGAGAGAAUAGUUACUGGCAUCUGGAGAGUAUAUUUGUUUACCUGAUCCAACAUAACUACUUUGAACAAUUGAGAAAGCUAUUGGAUGCAAAAGUACCAUUAAUGGUAGAAGCAACAUCGGUCGCGCCCACACCAAUUUCCAAAUGUCUACUUGAUAUGAUUAAACGCCCGUUGGAUUUAAUCCCUUAUGUGGAUCGCAAAGAGGACUUUUCCACGCUUGUACUUCGGGAGCUAUGCAAGAGUAUAUUUUCUCCCAGAUUGUCUGAUCCAAUUCGCAUGUUCAUUGUGCCAGCAUUGGCGGAAUUCAAGGACUUUCCAUAUGUCCAAUUGAUCGCUUGUGUCAAUCGAUUCCAACUGGAACCUACAAUAAAUUUACUCUACUGCAUUCUAUCAUUAGAUUCUUUUAAUCAAUUUGCAUGGUGCAAAUCUGAAGAUGCGCUGACGAACUAUCUGCAAGUACUCGCAUCUCUGAGCUCGACCAUUGUCAUGGUAGAGCAAAAUGUCUCGGAACAGCAAGCCGACAAUGAUUCGGACAACGAAUCCGAUGGGAACGUGACCGAUCAAGAGCAGGCCGAUAUUUUGCGAAAGUGCGUCGAGAUGUUAAACGAGCAACAACGCGUGAAUUGUAUAUUGUCGACGAUCGAACAUAGCCAAUCGGAUCCUGCCGCGCUGUUGCAACCGCUUUGUCGAUUAUGCCACCACCUACUCAUCACUAACAAGUUGGCUGUUCACAAGUACAAGCUUCUUUACAUGCUCGCCUUCAAGCCGAUGUUCCUCAAACACUUGUGGACAAACCUAACGUCGAUCCGUCAAACAUCAUUGUUUGGCGGUAGUGGUGCUGCCGCUACGCCCUUGUUGCAGAUUAUAUCGCGUGGAAUCGCUCUCUCCGCGGAAGAUACCGAGAGAAUAGUCCCUCUAUUGGCAGUCUUUUGCUCGCUGUUCAGUCUGCUAAUCGCAACAUUGCACGACACCGAAUUCUUCCUCGAACAGAACAACUCCGCGGAACAAAUACCCAACAAUCGGCAACAGCAUGCCAUGCCAUUCACUAUUGCGGAGCUAGCAAUAUUGUCUGGUCAUCUAAAGGGCGUUUGCCUAGGUCUGGUAGAGCUUGCGUUUCCCGAUACUCGGCCCACAGUGCGAGACGAUUACAAAAAUGCCGUUUUAGGACCCACUUCCACCGUUCAGGGUCGACACGACACGCAAAUCUGGACUCAUCUCUUCAAGGUCAUGGUGGGUCUUCUACGUCAAUUACACACACGCGAUCUCAGGCGGCAGUUCUGUCCGGCAAAUCAUUGGAUCGCAUCCAACGUCGUCAUUCCUAUUGACAAGCCACAAGAUUUCGCGUUCCGUAGACGCCGACUUCGCGGAUAUGUACCCUUUCAGAGCUUAAGGGCAUUUACGAGAGAGGAAUUUGAGGAGGGGCCGCCUCUAUCAGCGACAGAAGUGCGAACGCUGACAUUGUUGCGGGAGAUACCGUUCGUAGUGCCAUUCAACAAUCGCGUGGUUGUAUUCCAAUCAUUGAUCUACAAGGACAAAGCGGAACAGCAGGGCGAACUUACACACUUCAUGCAAGGUCCAUCGAUACAAAUCUCCGUGAGGCGAAAUUAUCUUUACGAGGACGCCUUCGAGAAAUUGUCGCGCGAGAAUGAACCGGAAUUACGGCUAAAAAUGCGAGUGCAGUUGGUUAACACCGCGGGAUUAGAAGAAGCCGGCGUUGACGGUGGCGGUCUGUUUAGAGAGUUCCUGUCUGAGCUAUUAAAGACUAGCUUCGAUCCCAAUCGCGGUUUUUUCAAGCUCACCAAGGAUAACAUGCUGUAUCCGAAUCCCACGGUACAUUUACUGGUGGAUGACUUUCCGAAACAUUACUACUUCAUCGGCAGAAUUUUAGGGAAAGCGUUAUACGAGAAUCUAUUGGUCGAAUUGCCAUUCGCCGAAUUUUUUCUGUCCAAGAUUGUCGGCCGCCAGUCCGACGUGGACGUGCAUCAUCUCGCCUCCCUCGAUCCUAUUAUGUAUCGCAAUCUACUUUAUUUAAAGAGCUACAUGGGCGAUGUGGCGGAUCUCAAUUUGGACUUCACCGUGCUCAGCGAUGAACUAGGCGAGAGACGAGUUGACGAAUUGAAACCAAGUGGCGCAAAUAUCCCAGUAACGAAUCACAAUCGCAUCGAAUACAUCCAUUUGAUGGCCGAUUACAAGCUGAACAAACAGAUUCGUGCACAAUGCUACGCGUUCAAGCAGGGAAUAGGCAGCGUAGUCCCUCUCGAUUGGCUGCAGAUGUUCAACAAUAAGGAACUGCAAGUAUUGAUAUCAGGCGCGCAAAUUCCCGUAGACGUCAAUGAUUUAAAGCUGCACACAAACUACACUGGUGGAUACGCAGCAGAUCACCCGACUAUUACUGCCUUUUGGAAAGUCGUCAGCGAAUUUAAUGAUCAGCAGAAAGGCCAGUUACUGAAAUUCGUCACUAGUUGCAGCCGUCCUCCUCUCCUAGGAUUUAAAGAACUCGAUCCGCCGUUUUGCAUUCAGCACGCCGGUAGUAUGGACCGUUUACCGACCUCGAGUACCUGUAUGAAUCUGUUGAAACUUCCCGAAUUUCCGGAUGAGAAGAUUCUGCGCGAGAAACUUCUAUAUGCGAUACAAGCAGGUGCAGGUUUCGAACUCAGUUAGAAACCUCUAAACCUUGACUUCCAACAACUCUCUGACCCAGUAAUACAAUGUUACCCAAUGUAAAUAUAAUGUGUAAUUAAACAAAUAUACUGCGUAUAAAAAGGAGUAGAGAUAUCAUUUUGCAUAUCUCCGUGGAAUAGCGUCAAGACUCUGUGCGCAGAUUCUUUGGAGAGAAACGCGCCGAAGAUAUUAAUAUUAACAGGAGGGGCCAAUUACUAAGCUAUAGUAUCUACCUACCGGAGAUUAUUACCUUCAUCACUUUGAUGCAACUGCAAUGUUUAUAAAGACGAAAAGAGAAAAAAAGCAAAAUAUAUGUUCGGGCGCGUAUAUAAGAAUAUUUUGUUCGGUUUUAACUUUUCCUACCACCUUUGGCCUAUAAUUGUAAAUUAUGUAUAUUUUUAUUGUUUUAUAUAUAAUAUUUCUCAUGUGUGUGAUGUGUCCAAAACAAC